CUGAACAAGCUCCAGGAAGAGAAUAACAUCGGGGACGUGUCAUCAGAGGCUGAUUUCCUAAUAAUUUGCUGACGUAAAGUUUGAUAGGCCUGGCAGAUAGAAGAUAUAAAAGGCUGCAGGAUGAAGGCAAUUCAGCUGAGCAAAUAGCUACCUGCGGUCCACGGAUAACUAUUAGAGAAAGAAGCCGUCUUUGCAGGAGACCACAUGGAUCACGAAGAAUACAGAUGGAGAGGGAAGGAGAUGGUGGACUACAUUUGCCAAUACCUCACCAACAUCCGGGAAAGGCGGGUAUAUCCUGAUGUGGAACCAGGUUACAUGAGAGAUCAAUUGCCCGAUGGAGCCCCUUUGGAGCCGGAAAACUGGGACAAUAUCUUCAGAGAUAUAGAGAACAUCAUUAUGCCUGGGGUCGUCCAUUGGCAGAGCCCACAAAUGCACGCCUAUUUCCCAGCUCUGACUUCCUGGCCUUCACUCCUUGGAGACAUGUUAGCAGAUGCUAUUAACUGUUUGGGAUUUACUUGGGCAUCCAGUCCAGCUUGCACAGAACUGGAAAUGAAUGUGAUGGAUUGGUUGGCUCAAAUGAUGGGGCUUCCGGAAACAUUCUUACAUUAUCAUCCUAGCAGCAAAGGUGGUGGCAUCUUGCAGAGCACAGUUAGUGAAUCAACCUUGGUCGCUCUGCUAGCAGCCAGAAAGAAUAAAAUUCUUGAAAUGAAAACAUCGGAGCCAAAUGUAGAUGAUUCCAUUCUGAAUUCUCGCCUCAUCGCAUAUGCUUCUGAUCAGGCUCAUUCCUCUGUUGAAAAGGCAGGAUUGAUUUCCCUCGUGAAAGUCAGGUUUCUGCCGGUUGACGAGAAUUUCGCCUUGAGAGGUGAAACGCUGGGCAAAGCUGUGCAGGAGGACCGAAACCGUGGCUUGGUACCUAUCUUUGUUUGUGCAACUCUUGGAACAACUGGUGUGUGCGCUUUUGACAGCCUUUCAGAACUAGGUCCAAUAUGUGCUAAGGAGAAUCUUUGGCUUCACGUUGAUGCUGCCUAUGCUGGAACAGCCUUUCUGUGUCCAGAAUACAGAUCUUUUCUCACGGGAAUUGAAUAUGCUGAUUCGUUUACCUUCAAUCCUUCCAAAUGGAUGAUGGUUCACUUUGAUUGCACGGCAUUCUGGGUUAAAGAUAAAUUCAAGCUCCAGCAAACUUUCAGUGUCAACCCCCUCUACCUCAGACAUCCCAAUUCUGGAUCAGCAACUGAUUUCAUGCACUGGCAAAUCCCGCUGAGCCGAAGGUUCCGCUCGCUAAAACUUUGGUUUGUGAUUCGCUCGUUCGGUGUGAAAAAGCUUCAGGAGCAUGUCAGACACGGCACUGAAAUGGCCAAAUAUUUUGAAUCACUGCUCAGGAGCGACCCCUUGUUUGAAAUCCCUGCGAAGAGGCAUCUGGGACUAGUUGUUUUUCGUCUAAAGGGCCCCAACUGGAUGACCGAGAAGCUCUUAAAAGACCUGAACAAAUCAGGAAAGCUGUUUGUCAUCCCAGCAUCAGUUCAGGAGAAGUUGAUCAUUCGCUUCUCUGUAACUUCUCAGUUCACCACUCGAGAGGAUAUUCAACAAGACUGGGCUUUCAUCCAACGGACUGCAGUGAAUGUCUCCAGUCAAUCUCUCCUCAUCCCGGAGGAGAAGGCCCAAAUCCCCAGGCAAUUAAUCAGCUCCAGUUCAAAAGCAGCAAGUGCCACUCCUCCUAUUUUCACAGAGAAAGAAAAAGGCAACAUUUUCCCUUUCAACAGGAUAACUACCCAGCCUCGGAGAGGGUCCCUCAACUCUUCUUUGUCACUGUUGAACGAAUACAUCCCAAUGGCUAAAGAGCCUCAUUUGCAUGAGUGCUUGACAGAAAAUGGCCGACGUCUGACCAGCUGUGACUUGCCUAUUGUCCCGAGUUUAUCAUCUCCAAACAAGAAAAAAAAGGUCCGUUCCUUCAGCUUGGACAGCCCUGUGGAGAACAGGCUUUGUGCUGGCAAGAAAUUCCUUUCCAGAUUGCCCAAAGAUCUCCUGAUGAUCAAGAAAGAAGAUCUGAAGAAACCACCCCAGUUUUACCACAUGCCUAGUUUUCCGGAAUGCUCCAUUCAGUGCGGUCUCCAGUUGCCAUGUUGUCCUCUUCAGACUAUUAUUUAGCUUUUUAGAGCUUCUUUCCUCCACAGAAUGACAACCAACGUCAGAUUAUUUUUAUGCAAUGUAAUAACUUAUGGCCCAGAAAUAGCCUAAUUGCAGAUCUUAUUUUUUUAAAAAAGAACCUGUAUACCAGGGCUUUUCAACCUUUUCACCCAUUGUGCCACUUUUAGGAUAUGGGAACAUCC